GACAGCGACGACGAUGCCCGUUCUAGCGGCGCCUUAAGCAAGAAAGAUCCCCAUUAUGUCGCAGGCUACUCCCGCAACAAACCACUCCCAGGCGGGAAUUUCCCUCACGCCGCCGCAUCGCUCACGACGUCCGAGUACGAUGUUCGAUCGCAGACCAAAACUCGCGUCAUAGAGGAGGAAUUGGCCAAACUGAAGCUCUUCGUUCCCAAAUCGGUUCUCUCCUCUGAGACACAUUCCACCUCCCUCAAAGCCCGACAUGUGAACAACCUCACGGCCAUCAUGCAUCGAUGUAUGCUCGAGGGUGACUGGCAGCGAGCGAAACGUGCUUGGUCCAUACUCUUGCGGAUCGAAGUUGGAGGACACGGCAUGGAUAUCCGCGCUCACGGGCGUUGGACGAUCGGUGCCGAGCUCUUGAUGAGAACAGGUGGAAAUUCGAAACAGGAGCCGACCACUGCAGGGCUGUCGGAGAGCAUGGACGACCAACAGGGCGAAGCCGACCGUUGUGGGCAGCAGCGGCAGGUCCAAGAGUUCACAGAGGAAGGCUUCAAACUUGCCCGUGACUACUACGAGCGCCUCAUCCUUCAAUUCCCGCAUACCCAACACACCCAGCACUCUCUCGUCACAGCGCGCGUCAUCUAUCCAGCUCUCUUCAACAUUUGGGUCUACCAAGUCCAAGACAGCUCUGAACGCGCCAGACGAGCCGUCCAACGAGAGAUGAUAGCAUCAUCGCCACCACACUCCGAAAGACCACAUCCCUCGAAGCGUGACGAGACACCCCCGUGGCGCAGCCUCGCCUCCACCGCCGCGCGCAACAAAAAAGCUUUACGCGCAGUCACCACGCGCGAGCUCGAUCAAGCCAGCCAAAUCGACCAGCGCCUAAGCGAUGUUGUAUCCGGCCCUCCCUUCGAUACCAAUGUCUAUCUCCGACGCUUACAGGGAAAUAUUUGUGUAUGGAUGGCGAAUCUC